CGGGGGAUAGUCGGGUGCGAACGUGUCGGAUAAGUGGAGGGUCGAGAGGAACGCGCGCGUGUAAUUGUGUAUGUCGUACUAGGCGCGUACAUCGCGCAUCGUCGUCAAUAAGAGCAUACGGCAGCGUAUAUAUUCCUGGAAACACGUUCGUCAUAUCGACGUGCCUCGUGUCUCCGACUUGUCAAAUGUCAAGCGUCGUCCUAGCCUAGUUACCCGCGAGCUGAACGGAAUAGCUGUCAGAUUGCGCACACGAACGAGGAAGCGAGAGAAAUCACACGUUGAGAAGCGACAGGGAAGCCUAAAACAGGAGGAGACGCUUCGACGAAGAGUCCAAGAAGAGUGGAAAGAACGAAAUCACCGCGAGAACAAAGGAUACGCCCGCCACGAGGUCCACGAAGAAGCAUCUCCGAGCCGAUGAACUCCCCUUCGAUCGCCAGCAAUGGAGCCCGAGGAGCCUCUGAUGCAAGGGAUUCUGCUGUUACCGCCGCAGGGAAUGCUAGGCCAACUCAAGAAAACAUGGCACAAGAGAUUUUGCCAGCUUUUCAGAACCAGCAACUAUGGAAUCAAGCGUGUCGAGAUCUAUGACAAUCAGGAGGAAGCGGUAUUACAAUCUCAUACUCCACGCAUCAUCACGCUAGAUGCCUGUAUAAAAAUUGCACCCAGCAAUCAAUCGCAUGUCUUCAUUGUGGUGACUAAAUCAGGAAUACAUUAUUUCGGCUGUUAUUCAGAAAUUGAAAUGACUCAAUGGAUUACGGCAUUUCAAUUGGUCGCUUUCAAAGACAGUGUAUCGAAUCAAACAAUAGAGGAAAAUAAUGAUCUGUAUUGCACUAGUGGAGAAGGUGUAUUUUCUGUGAAAGUUGUUGAAACCGAUGCGUCUAGACGGUGCGGACUCGAAGCAAGAAAUUAUACGUUAGUAAUUGCCACCGUGGAUAUGAAAUUGAUGGACGGUGACAAUGUGCUAUUCACAUGGCCGUAUAGGUAUAUUAGAAGAUAUGGAUACAAGGAUGGGAAAUUUAUUUUUGAAGCUGGAAGGAAGUGCGAAUCCGGCGAAGGUUCCUUCCGCUUGGAGCACAGCAGCCAACAAGAGAUCUUCCGGUGCAUGUAUUUGAAAAUGAGAUCUAUGAAGAAGCUACUAAACGAAGAGAGCAAUCCAAACAUAGAAUGCAACGACGCUCAGUAUCACGCGGCUUUGUCCAUGGAAGCUGGCUCCAGAGCGGCUUUACCUCCCUCUUCGAAUAACUCUAGCAAUCUAAUCGACAUAGAUUUCCCUACACCUCAGAGUUCUCAAAAACCAUCGACCACUUCAUCGUCGAGUAUGGAUUCUAUCACCUCGUCGAGCAGAUCGAUAAACAAGCCUAAACCUGCCAAGCCACCGCGAAAAUACUUUGGUAAUCUGCUGGAGAAGAAAAAUCUCGACUCGGAAUUUCUAGAUUUACCCACGUGCGGGGAAUACAGAACGUUAAGCCAAGCUAAUUCCCCGGAAUUAUCUCACAAAUCCAUCGGCGAUGUCAUGCGCAACGAAGAGGAGAAACACUCGUACGAUAUAGUGGAAAUAAGAAACGACGCGUGGAAGACGCACGGGAUUGAUAGCGUGCAUCACACCGAAAGGGUAAAUUCGAUUUUACCCGUGGACCGAGAUAAGGAGAACGACAGCGACGAUUUGCAAUACGAGAUUAUGAUGCCGAUACGGAAUCACGACACGCCAUCGAUACAGAAUAGAGACGCCAAGACAGACGAGUCGGAUUACGACAAGUUGGAGCACUUUGGAUCCGCGACGAAACUCGGUCCGAAACCUCCUCCGUACAAGUAUACGAAUUCCUCGCAAAUCAUACAUUCCAGCAUAUCUCACGGGGAAAGUUCUAAUCUGAUUAAUUCAGCGUGGUCCAAUUAUGAUAUCGUCGAAGAUAUGUCCGCCGUUAGAUUAGCCGACGACAGUCAUCUGGGUUACGGGAUUAUCCGGAAGAAGCAGGAUCCUCCCGAGACGACUUCCGCCAGUGGUCCGCAACAUAAGGUUUUCAACAACAGCGAAUACGCGAUUGUAUCAAAACCAAAAAGGGUAUAAGAAUAUCCGAAACGUUCGAAUAUUACUUUCCAAGUAUUACGAUUGCGCGACAAAUUUCUAUUUAAAUUUACAUUUUCAAAAUUCUCGUUCUCUUUUGUAAUUAAUUGUAAGGAUGUGAAGAAUAUGCUAGUCUGUGCCGCACACGGCACAAGUAAAUUUAUUUCUCGCUUUACAAAAUUAAAUUAUAAAAUUAUUAACGUAUACACAGAUGUUGAAAAAA